GUUUGAAAUUACAUCGCAGUUAAGCGUGUCGAACUUUGGGAUCUCGCAAAAGCUGCUAGUUAAAGAAAACUUUUGGGGACUGGAAAAUCGUAUGGAUGACCAGAAGCAAUUGUUUCUGUUCGCAUUUCCAGUUCCGAGUAAUGAGGAUCAUUUAAUCGAUCGUAUAAAAGAAGCAUCAAAUUCUCGGAAUCAACAUGGUGCUGUAUCAACUGCAGCACUAGCUAACGUUGAUGCCGACAGUAUUGCACAACUUGCUGUUGGUCCAAAUCAUGUGGCAUUUCUGUUCAGGUGUGGUCGUGUUGCUCGAUUGAAGUACACUUUAACAACUGCUACUAGAGAGGAAAACACCAGCGAUGACAAAAACUCCAGUGGAACAAGCGGAGGUGGAGGUUCGGGAAGUGGCGGCAGUGGGGGUGGGCCUACAACAGGUGGUAGCAGUGGUUCAUCUACCGGUACUGUAUUAAGUCGUGGUGCAAAAAUUAGACGGGUAAUGAUGGCAGCGAGACGGACGGCGGGCGCACUGGGCGAACGUGCGGGUGUAAUUGUUGAUCGAAGUCGACCGCUUGUCCCUCUUAGUGCUAUUCCGGAGGAUCUCAUUGCUCAAGCCCAGGUUGUUUUACAAGGGAAGUCACGUGAAAUUAUUGUACGCGAGCUUCAGCGAACGAAUCUCAAUGUAAACGAAGCUGUAAAUAAUCUGCUCAGCCGUGAUGACGAAGAAGGAGAUGAAAUGGAUGAAGGUUCCGAAGCGUAUCUCCCCGAAGAGCUUCUGUCGUUGUUGGAUGCCGGAUUGCGAAGUGAUUCACAUGGAAGUGCCGUAAUUGAUGGCGAUAAUUUGUAUGCAAGUGGCGAAGGUUUUGAUUAUGUUGUUGCAAGGGAUAUUGCUCGAAGACGAGUAGAUAGGGAUAAAAAAAGUGACAAAGUCAAAGAAUUUUCUUCGGAAACUUAUACGCGCUUAAAAUAUGAUGAAAAAUUGCAAUACUGGGGUAAAGAAACAGAUAUGUUUCCAACGGGUGUGACGAAGUUUGUGAAAAUAGCUGCUAUGAGUAGUGAAUUAAUCGCGUUAGGGGAUAAUGGGUUUUUCUAUGGUUGGUCAUGGAAGAAUGAUGGGCACGGUUCGAUGACUGCACAUCCCUUUAGUACCAAACUUUUAACUGGUGCACCAGAUGAAGAAAAAUUUGUAGAUGUAGUAUCAUGUGCAUAUCGUGCAUGUGUUGUAACAAGUAUGAAUAGGGUAGCAUCAUUUAUGGAUGGGGAAGCAUGUGGUAUGAAGGUAUCCAAUAUGCUAUUAACGCCAUUGAUGGAAAUACCGGAUGGCGAAAAAUAUGCAUCGCUAUAUGUGUGUCCGAUGUAUUGUCUGGUGAAAACUCAGUCAAACACUUGUUAUUGGUGGGGUAUUUAUCCAUUUAAUGAAAGACGAAAAUUAUGGGAGCGGAUGCGUUCAAAAUCACGUCGCAAUUCAAAUCUUGCUUCACCUGAAGUGGUUGAGGGUUGCGAAGUUCGGACGAAGUCGCACCCUAUAUACACAACGGGCUCAAUUGCUUUGAACUUCAGUUCUGGAACACCAAUGGUUGGCGCUUUAAUGGAAUCAGCUUGGACGCUGUCUGAAUUGUGUAGGUUUCGAGUAAUGACACCAACACAGCACGAUGAGACCAGCGAUGAUGACGGUUCGUGCCUCAAUUCUUCUGCGCAUCAAUCGGCUGAUAAAAAAGGCUCCUUGAAUCAAUACGGUAAAAGACCACGUGAGGAGCAGAAAGGAAAUACCUACCGGGAAACUGCAUGGGCCCUCAAUGAAGUAAUAUUCAUCCAUAAAGAAAACUCACAGGACACAGCCGUUGUUAAAAUUGUUGAUGGAGCUUACUGCGGAAUUGUAUAUAAACCGGUCGUCUCUAAUGAUAGUGGUGACGCAGUCAGCCAAAAUCAAGAUGCAUAUGAUUUAGGGAAAAUUCGGCUGAUGCGCAAGGACGAUCUUGUUGUUGUAACGCCAAACAGUAGAAUACCUCGCUGUCCUGAGAAUUUCCAGAGACACAUGCAAAAAAUACAAUUGCCGGGUGGUUUAUCGAUGAAGAAAGUGCACUCUUUGACCAUAGACAAUACCGGUUUACGGUUGUUGAUCGAAAAACGAGGACGGCUUCAUUUGGUUCGUGCUAGUGUAUUUGGUAAAAUACAAAGUGAUCACGUAUUGCCGGUGAAUGUUUCAGCAGUGUGCAACGCCGGAUUGCAUCUGCCGCGACUUGAGAAUUAUGGAGAUGAAAUGAUUAUGAUGAUAAGCGACAGUAACGGUUCGAUAAUACCUAUGGUACGUGAUGCAGCGGGAGGAUUCCGUGAGCCAGUUUACUGUGCUUUGCCAAAAAUACAUAAUUUUGCAGUUGGUUUGAGGCCAUUGGAUUCUGGAGAUAAUGAAAAUACUGCAGCAACUGCCAAUGAUGAUUCAUCAUCUACAUCACGGAAUGCAAAUCGUACUGGAGUUAUGGUAACUUUAAUUGCUCCAUCUCCUUCAAGCACUCGUCCAAGAAUACCAUCUCUGCUACAGACUGUUCUAUAUUGCGACCUGCAAGGUGUGGAUUUGGUGCUUGAUGCACUCUCGAAAGAAUCAGAUCGAGAGAUUGUGAAAGCCGAGGUUUUGAGCUCUCGUGCGGAUGGGAAUCGAACUAUUCUUCAUGCUGCAGUCAUGAACAGUUUCGCAACAACUAAUAAAGAAGAGGCGGACACAAUGGAAAUUUCAGUUGAUACAGAAAAUAAACCUUUGCAGCGUUUAACAGCUGCGGAUAUGUCAGCCGCUGAAGAAACUCGUACUGCUUUUGAUAGCCGUUGGCAACGUAUGUUGAGACGUCAUGGAGCUAAUGCCGAAGAAGAAAUGCUAAUACGAGAAUUAAUGGCAAAUAAUCCAUUGCGGAGACCAGGUCAUGAUGUUGGCAACAUGGAAGAUGUGCUAGCAGAUUUUGCGAGAAGCCUAAAAGAUGCGAAGAAAUCAUCUGUUUUCAUAGAAGACAUGAAAGAAGAAGCAUCGAUGCCGAUUAUUGUUAAUGCGAACAACGAACCAAAAGUACGCCAGUGCAACUCGAUAGAAAUUGUCAAGACUCUCUGUUAUAACUCUACCGUUGCACCAUAUCUCCUCGAAUUGCUGACAACGAAAGAUAUUAAUGGACAUACGCCUUUCAUGUGCGCUGUUAACUACAGAGCGUAUACAGCCGCUUUCAUUCUCUGGCUGGCUGCUGAAGAGUUGCAGAAAGAAGCGCUGAUCGCUGGUGUUCAAGGCAAAAAACAGUCAGCUGAUGGGAUUUUAAAUUCCAUCAUAUAUCCAUUAGGAAGUAGACCAGAUGAUUCGCCUUUAUUCAUGCUUUGUAUGAAUGAUACUUGUAGCUUUACGUGGACCGGUGAUGAGCAUAUCAAUCAGGAUAUAUUCGAAUGUCGAACAUGUGGAUUAGUUGGUACCUUGUGUUGUUGCACGGAAUGUGCAUAUACUUGCCAUCGCAAUCAUGAGUGCAGAUUGAAAAGGACAUCUCCAACGGCUUACUGUGAUUGCUGGGAAAAAUGUUCCUGCCGAGCCCUUGUUGCAGGUAAUACACCACGUCGGGAAAAAUUGAUAUCCGUGUUGCUCAAUAACACCGAUCUAAUUCAUCGUACAAAUUCUAGGGGGGAACAUUUAUUGUUGUUUUUGGCUCGAACUGUGGGCAGACAAAUCAUUGAACAGGAACAUUAUCAACGUCGAAUGAUGAAGAAAUCUCAGGGGGCAAAUGAUACCACUCCAGAGCACGAUUUGGAACCACCGAAAUUUGCACGUACUGCUUUCGCAAAACUUCUAGCUGAUUGGCGUGCGGUUAAAAGCCUGAUAAUGUUGGGUGUUAAAGGCAUGCAAAACGAUGCGCUGGUAAUGGAAGAAGUGUUUCAUUUAAAUCAACAACAUGGAUGUUCACAUCUUGACAAAUUUGCUUUCAUCUUAUUGGCGAAAUGCUCGGAAACUCAUAUUGAUACCUUACUGAAUACAUUGAUAGCAGAAGCAAAUAAGAACAACGAAGAGAUGAAAAGAGAUCCUGAUAUCGAUUCUAUAAUUUCACGUUUUGUACGCGCAGUUAUCAGGAUGUUCAUGCUUUUAACAUUAUUGUCACCGGCAGCCAUCACAGUUGCUACAGCUACAACAAGCGGCAUUUCACAAGCAAUGGCAUCUGGAAACACCCCACCAAGACGAAUCUUUGGUCCUGGCUUGCAUACUGUUAGUUUCACCGGUUUGUUAUCACUCGUGAGAUCAACAAGUGGGCGUGAAAAUUCCGCAGCUAAGGAAGCUAAGAAGAAAAACGUGACGAAUUUUGUAUUGAAAUGUCGCCGCAUAUUUCAAACUCUGCUGAAUUAUUCGAUAAAUGAGUUGUGCAAUAUGGCUGAUUCUUUGAUUGCUCCUGUACGACUUGGAAUAAUCAAACCUACUUCAGUCAUUGCGCAGAAUAUUACCAAUGAUCCUCUUGAUGUGAUAGAAAAGUUUUUGAAUUCAAAAAUCGAUUUGUCAACAGUUAAUACUGCUGGGGAUGAUCUUGCUGUAGUGAAAUUUGGUCGAAAACGAAAGCGUAGUACACGAAGAGAAGGAGACCAUGGUGAUGAAGAGAUGCGAGAAGCCAUGCAACCGCACAGUGCACCAGAAAGUGACAAUUCAAGCGAUUCGGAUAGUGAUGAGUCACGUCCCACGCGAAGUCAAAGUUAUGUUGGUGAGGUGUACAAUGCACUUCGAAAUGAAGCAUCAUCCGGUAAUUAUGAUGGUGAUGAGCUAUUUAGCAUGUCUGAAGAAGAUCCUGAGGAUGACUCAGUUGAAUCAGUUAGUUCACCGGCCGACGAUCCAACAAGUCAGGGUAAUGAUCCUAACAUUGACGAAGAGGAUGAAGAUAAUGACGAUGAUGGGAAUGGUGAUGAUGGAGAUGAACAAGAAUUCGGAAAUGAAGAAGACGAAGGUAAUUACGAAGAAGGUGAUGAAAAUGAAAAUGAUCGUUAUGAGCAAGAAGGAGAACAUGAGGGUAACGAAGAGGGAAAUGGUGAUGGUGAGGAUGAGGAAAUGCAGGUGGAGCCAAAUGAGGAAGAUGAUGUGCCGGAAAGUGGUGAUGGUACUAGCGAUGGAGCAUAUGACGUACGAUCACGACAUAUACGACCUGAUGAACGUAGAACGAACCAGUCAUCGCGGAACUCUCGAGGUACGAGUAGUUUACCUGGUGAACAACAGCAAGAUGCAGCAACACGUCCUGACUCCAACAAUACAUCGCAACAGCGUGUCCGAAGUAGUGAAACGAACAGUGCAAAUCGCAAUAGCGAUGCCACCUCGGGAAGAGUAUCCGGUGUAACGAGUGGAAGACAUAACACAAUACCUCUGCAGUGGGCAAUGCGUCGGAUGACCUCGAGCGUUGAACAGCCGACCACAACACGACGUAAUGACAACGAAAAUAGAGAGUCAAACUCAGUACCUUUGACAAAUUCAAGACAUCUGCGAGAAUCAUCAGAAGAUGCUGCUACUUCAGUAACUAAAACAAACCAACAACUUGCUCUGUCAUUUUCGCUUAUUAUCAGGUUGAUUGUGGACUUGAUGCCAAUGCUUGUAGACCAUCGAGAGUUUGUGAAAAGCUCGUAUACCCUGAUACCAAAAAUGCUGGAGUUGAAUGACGCCGUUGUAGUUGCGAUCCGUCGACUGAUUGAAGAGCGCCUUUAUGUGGUAUGGCAGUGGAUGGAAACAGUUCUAGAUCGAACUGAAGCUCAGCUGCGUUUUGGAAAUGCACUGAUGGCAUCACCAACUAUAGCUACUGUGCUUCGUAAAGAGAAGAAAUUAUCUCCUAAAAAGGGUGAUGAUCGAGAUACGGAAAGACAUAGCCCUCGACCUGGGUCAGGAAAUCAUUCAAGUACGCCGGUUCCUAGACAAGAUUACACCGCUGGACCUGCGGCUGCAAACAGUAAAAAAGAUGAACAAAAUUCAGACUCGACAGCAUCGCUGGAGGAUUUCUUUGACUAUGUAACGGCAUUGAUGCGUUCACACGCUUCUGAGAAUGGUGAUGAUGUCCCGAUUAUCGAGUUCAAUGCAUUGAAGGCUUUAGCUUUUGUAGCAGAUGCAUAUUUGUCGUUAACUGAUAUGCUGGAGAAGUUAGACGCUAGGAUUGCACUGGGUUUAAACUCACCUGAAAAUGUGGCGAACGAUAAAGAAGUUAUCGAUAUGUUUCAAAAUGAUGAAGCUCCCGGUAUUGACGGUGGUAAAUCAAGCAUGCAAGCAGGCGCACCGAUGUCUGAUUUUUUCCAGCGUUCCAAUUCGCUGCUUUAUCCGGGCAUUGCGUCAUCCUCCAAUUAUCAUGCAUUUGAGCAUAAAUGUGUCGAUUCUUUGGCGUUAGCCGAGCGCCCACAGCUUCUGAGACCAGAUAUUGAAAAAGAGGAAAUGUUUGGGUUACCGAUAAAGCAUAAGACUACAUGUGAGCACAGGAAAAGUGUUCGAGAACACGGUGCAAAACAUCCAGCACAUCAAGGGUUAGUUGCUCCAUGGUCGAACUAUCAGGAAAUGCUUCCUGUAAAUACGAGUGAAGAGAAAGAGAUGCCAAUAAGUGGGCUUUCACGCCCCAAUGUAAUCGUGCAUUCGAAGAGCGUAUCUAAUGAGCCAACAGUACAAGGGAAACGUCGGCGACUGUGCUCAUCAUCUACUGUCCCACCACCUCGUGGUUUUGUUGCGAUACAGUUGGAAAGUUUGAAAAGUGCACUACAUCGCAGUAAUCAAAGUUAUGUGCACAAAUCAUUGGCACGGUGGAAGAAUACAUUAAAUUUGAUGGCAAAGGCAUUUAGCGAUCAGCUAUUAAUCGCUUGUGGUGGUGAUGUUACGGGUUCAAUUCUUUUGAGUGAAAUGGCCGGUUUUUUGGUGCGUGAAGCACAGUUCCGUAAGAAGAUGGAAAAAUUCAAAGCUGCACAAAGCAAGGAUAUUGUUUUCGAGAUCGAGCGAGACAAGCAUCAAAUGAUUGCACAGACAAUACGUCAAUUAAACGUGCAUUAUUCCCGUCGUGUUAGCAGUUCGUCGUCAGUUAAUUCAACACAGAGUAACAGUACGGAUUCCCCUCGAGAGUUCAAUUCAGUAAGAUCGGUGAGAUUGGUUAAUCUUUCGUGGGCUAGCGCUAACAAUAAAGACGACUCUGAUGCACCUCCUCUUGCUUGCCAUAAGGUGAAAGUUACUUUCAAAAAUGAGCCUGGAGAAGGAAGUGGUGUAGCAAGAAGUUUCUAUGCAGCGAUUGCGGACGCGUUCCUGACAAUGAAACGUUUGCCAACAGAAACACAAGUCUUAGCUGCUUUUGGCAGCUUACCUGGUGAUGUUCCACCUUCAUCGGGCAAUCGUGGAUCCGGUCGCGGUAGUUAUCGUGACCGAAGUGCAAUCCUCCUUAAUAGUUUGUCAAUGGCCGGAAGACGACGGAGUUUGAGAAAUCGAUAUGCUCUGUCUGUUUCUUCUCCUUCGUAUUAUUCGCGUCAUCAACCGCAUCUCAAUGAACCAUCAGGUGAUAGUGAGUCAGCUGCACCAUCUAAUAUUGAUAAUCUGACAACCUCUCAAGCUUCAGCAGCCUGGGAACCUGAACGAGAAACAUUAGGCGAAAGAUUAUUGGCAAGAGUCCGAGCAAUAAGACCGCAAUUAUGCAACAAAAUUACGGGCAUGUUGCUGGAUCUUCAGCCACACCAGCUAAUAACGAUACUUGCUAGUGAAGAGCUUCUUCGUGCUCAGGUAGAGGAAGCAUCCGAAAUGAUUCAAGCAGCUGGUUUAGGGAGUGGAGAUGGAGAUCGUGCUAACGAAUCAGCAUCCUCGAAUCGUGGACAACCAAUGCAAGCAAAAAGUGGACCGAUAACACGUGCUUCUAGCACACCAAAUCUCAACUCUACCAAUGAUUCAGGCACAGUUAACUUGGAUGAUGAUAUUGCACCACUAUUUUAUCGUCCAAGUAAGACUGGAUAUUAUACACCGAUUGCUGGCAAAAACUCGACACAUCGUUUAAAUGCUUUUCGAAAUGUUGGGAGAAUGAUUGGAAUUUGUCUGAUGCAAAUGGAAAUAUUUCCAUUACAUCUUUGCCGACAUGUGCUGAAAUUUAUACUUGGACGUCCGAUCAACUGGUUCGAUCUUGCCUUCUAUGAUCCCAUCUUGUUUGAAUCGAUGCGUACGUUGGUAUUUAAUGAGGGCCCAACCCGACCCGAGCAAAUCAGCAGUUUGUACUUAACUUUCGAAGUCGCUGUUCCUGAACAGGAGGGUGGAGGUACUGUGGAACUGAAACCAGGUGGUGCAAAUACUUCAGUAACUCAUGAAAAUAUUGUGGAAUAUAUCUAUCUGUUCGUGGAAGCACGAAUGCUUGGAAAUCAUUUGAAAUGUCUUGAGGCUAUUAAGCAAGGUGUAUAUGAUGUAAUCCCGCUUGGUUCGCUGGCAAAUAUGACUGCUGAGGAUUUACGUCUAUUGCUUUGCGGAACACAGGAGAUCUCGAUGGCUUUGAUGCAGAGCUACACAACAUUCACAGAUGAAAGUUCGGCAUCACCAGAAUUACUUCACAAAUUCAAAGGAUGGUUCUGGUCAAUAUGUAACAAGCUCAACAAUCAAGAAAAGCAGGAUUUGAUCUUUUUCUGGACCGGUUCACCAACACUUCCACCAAGCGAAGAUGGCUUCCAACCAAUGCCAACAGUUCUUGUGCGUCCUGCGGAUGAUCUUCAUCUGCCUACUGCUAACACUUGUAUUUCCCGGUUGUAUGUGCCACUGUAUCCGAGCAAAAAAGUCCUGAAAUCUAAACUAUUAACAGCCAUCAAGAACAAAAACUUUGGUUUUGUGUAAGACAAAGAAUGCACCCUAUCCAUGCGCAAUAUCUUUCGCGCUUCAUCCCUUCUUUGUUUAAUUAAAAGCUUGUUAUAAAUUAACAUCAUUUUUUCUUAUAUUCUGAUUUCUUCCAGCUCUUCACCGUUUCACUUUGGAUGAACUUUUAAUUUAGUUUUAUCAUGUUAUGGGACUUUUCACGAGAAUUAUUAAUUCGUAUUACCAAUGAUUUUUAGAAGUGAAUUGCCUCUUUUUGUUGUUUUUCUUUGCAUUUUCAAAAUCCUAAAAUACCCGUCCAAGUAAUCAAAUUUGUUUUGAUUUUUUUUUUCUAAAACAUAUGCUGCCGAUGAACCCUGUUACUGCUUAUAAAUUGAACCCUGUUACUGCUUAUAAAUUCAUAUUUCAAGGCUUAUAAUUGAAUUUUUCAAAAAGCCGGAAGUGAUCAGUAUUAUGUUGAAGUACCAUUCUAUUUCAUCAUGUAUUUUAGAAAAAGUGCGAUUUUAAAAUAACUGUUUUUGAGUGCAAGUGGUGUUAAUUGCAUAAACUUAUGUCUAUUGACG